AUGGACGGGGAUGAUGGGUUUGAUUACUUAUUCAAGAUCGUCCUCAUUGGAGAUAUGGGAGUAGGAAAAACAUGUGUUGUUCAACGUUUUCGAAAUGGAACUUUCGUAGAUCGGCAAGGCACAACUAUCGGUGUAGAUUUCACAAUGAAAACGUUGAUCGUUGAUGGGAAGCGUGUGAAACUUCAAAUUUGGGAUACUGGAGGACAAGAGCGGUUCCGAACCAUCACCCAAUCCUAUUAUCGCUCCGCGAAUGGCAUUGUCCUAUGUUAUGACAUUACUUGUAGGCAAUCAUUCAAUAGCUUACAAAGAUGGAUUGAUGACGUGUCCAAGUUUGCCGCUCCGAACGUCGCAAAGCUACUCAUUGCAACUAAGUGCGAUUUGGAAGAACAGAGAGUAAUAACAGCUGAAGAAGCCGAACACUUACAAAGGGCAAAUGGUAUGUUCUCCACUAUUGAAACAAGUGCGAAAGGUAACUUGAACGUGGAAAAUGCCUUUCUCGAGCUAGCCACCAUCUUAAAACGACAAUAUGAUCAAGGCGGUGCACAAGAAGCCAGUAUGGAUACUUUCCGUCUCGGUGCUGGCGGAUCUACCCCAGUUGGCAAUCAAUGGCAGCAGUGCUGUCGUUGGUGA